CAUGGAUCAGCUCAACCACACAUGGGCCCAGAGUUUCAUCCUUGCUGGUUUCAGUGCCCCCGGAACCCUGCGACCUCUUGCCUUCCUAGGGACCCUGUGCAUCUAUCUCCUCACGAUGGCUGGGAACCUGUUCAUCAUUGUGCUGGUCCGGGCAGACGCUGGACUGUCCACACCCAUGUACUUCUUCAUCGGUGUCCUCUCCUUCCUGGAGCUGUGGUACGUCAGCACCACGGUGCCCACGCUGCUGCACACCUGGCUCCGUGGGCGCUCAGCCAUCUCAGCGGUGGCGUGCUUCAUCCAGCUGUACGUCUUCCACUCCCUGGGCAUGACCGAGGCCACCUGCUACCUGCUGGGCGUCAUGGCGCUGGACCGCUACCUUGCCAUCUGCCGCCCGCUCCACUACCAUGCACUCAUGAGCAGAAAGGUACAGUUCUGGCUGGCAGGGGCCACUUGGGUGGCUGGCUUCUCAGCGGCACUGGUGCCAGCCAGCCUCACGGCCACUCUACCCUUCUGCUUGAAAGAGGUGGCCCACUACUUCUGUGACCUGGCACCACUGAUGCGGCUGGCGUGUGUGGACACAGGUUGGCACGCUCGAGUGCAUAUUACAGUCAUCGGCAUGAUCAAUGCAUGCAAUCUUGUGCUCAUUUUAGGACUCUAUGGGGGUAUCCUAAGGGCCGUGCUGAAGCUGCCCUCGGCUGUCGGCCGGAUCAAAGCCUUCUCCACCUGCUUCUCCCACAUGACCGUGGUGGCACUAUUCUUUGGCUCUGCCUUCAUUGUCUAUGUGGGGUCACCUGGGAGCCGCUCUGAAGGCACAGACAAGCGUAUUGCCUUGGUGUACACCCUUCUCACUCCUUUCCUCAACCCUAUUAUUUAUAGUCUUCGUAACAAGGAGGUGAAGGAGGCUGUCAGGAGGGUUGCCCAAAGGAUUAGGGCUCUGUUGAAGGGAUGCUGAGGAUCCAUGGAGUCAUUUGGUGACUGCAGGAUUCAGAUGUCUAGUCACUCAAUCAGUCAGAUAAUUUUUUCAAAUGCACUGUGUAUUCCAAUGGAUUUAAAUUUCAAUGAAUAUUCAGACACCCUGCAUAUUCAAAUAAGUGGUGCCUUGAAUUGAAGCAAACUGAGACAUUUGUAAAGGUCAGACCAACAUGGCCUCUGAACUCCUUCUUAUCCAAUAUGGGUGAAAAGACACAUCUUAUAAAAAAUAACCAAAAGUAAGGAUGCAGGUACAGAUAUUUAGGUAGACUUAGAACUUAGAAAUGGAACUAUGUUUGGAAAGAUUGGGAAGAACAAAAUCUGACUGUGGGAUUAUAUCCAAGUUGAGACCAUGGAGGAGCAUGGAGAAAGGAGGAAAACAAGGUUAGCAGUUGAGAAGUGAAAGAGCUUCUCAGGCACAUUUUCGGAUGUGAUUGGGAAACCCUGAGAAGGGGGAUCGAACAAGCAUGGGGCUCCAUGUUCCCGGGAAAUCCCGCAGUACAGGAGAGUUUGAAGCUGGAGGUGGGAAUUUAUUCUCCAAAUGAGGGAGAUCGAGAAUGAGAGACGAGGGUGCUGGGGGUGCUGGUGGUUAGAAGCAAGUUAUCGGGAAUGAGAGACGAGGGUGCUGGGGGUGCUGGUGGUUAGAAGCGAGUUAUAGGAAUAAGCCCUGCAGUGUGAAUUUGGAAUCAAAGCUAGUCAUCUGGGCAGCACUGCUGAUGGAGUCCCGUGAGUGCAAAACCAGCUCUGGGAACCAGGAGAUAUUAAAAAGGAGGCACAAUUUAUGUUUUCAGAGAGUUUACAGAUUUGAUUUUGAAGAGCCAGUCCUCCCUCCCUCUCCCCUCUCUCUCUUUCUCUUUCUCUCUCACACACAUACACACCACCACCACCACCACCACCAUCAGAGACAUUGAAUAAUAUCAAGAAAUAGGUGUUUCCUUUUCGCUUUGUGCUGUAUGUAUAUCUGCGGAGGGGGGAGGUCAUGAAGGUAGAGGGAAGCGGUGGCAGGAUUGGCAGAAAAUUGAU